UAGACCAUGCACUAGUAAACAUCGUCGUGGUGGUGGCGGGUGGACACGUGAAAAGUUAACUUCCUUGAACAUCGAUGGACAGAAAACAUUAACGUUUGUCAGCAACGGAUAAACAGAGGUUGGGAAAAAGACAACCAUACCAAUAUUUUGCCGUCCACUAUUUGUCAAUCCUUCAAAUAGAACUAGUCUGAAAAUCGUAUCUGUGCAGGAUGGCGGACCCUAGCUGCAAUGUCACACUGGAGAUGUUGAAAGAGGCUUGGGAAACGGUGCGGUCCAGUCCUCUGGGAGUGAUAAACACUCCAAUGAUCCCUCUGAAUCAAACCACACUACAAUUCAGUGUCCCGUGCAACGUCCACAUCAAGUUGGAGAACUUGCAGAGGACAGGCUCCUUCAAGAUAAGAGGAGUUGCCAAUCAGUUUGCCAGAAGACCAGAUGGAGGCCAUUUUGUGACCAUGUCCGCAGGGAAUUAUGGCAAAUCGUUUGCCUAUGCCUCCAAGCACUACGGAACUAAAGGCAAAGUAGUGAUGCCAGAGACAGCACCAGAGUCCAGAUCCGUUCUUAUUCAGAGUUUUGGGGUGGAGGUGGAGAGGGUGCCCACCACUGGCCUCAUGGAGGUGGUCAACCGCUGCGUUCGGGAGGACGACAUGACCUUCCUCCACUCCUACGAUGACAUGGACCUCAUAGCAGGACACGCCAGCCUGGGUCUGGAGAUCCUGCAGGUGGUGCCCAGCCCAGACGUGGUGGUGGUCUGCUGCGGGGGAGGGGGCCUGCUGGCCGGGGUGGCCGCCGCCAUCAAGCUGUCGGGGUGCCAGGCCACCAGGAUCUAUGGGGUGGAGCCGGAGGGGGCGUGCACCAUGCACAAGAGCUUCAUCGAGAAGAAGCCAGUGGGGAUGAACACCAAGAGUAUUGCAUCAGGGUUGGCUCCUCCAUUCGCAGGUGCCCUGCCCUUCGCCCUCUGCCAGAACUACGUCGAGGACAUCGUCUUGGUAACGGAUGAGGAAAUCAAGCGUGCGGUGUCCACGCUGUACCGCGCUGGACUGGUCGUCGAGCCGUCUGGAUCGGCAGCCUUCGCAGCCUUCGCCAACGAUCGCAUCCCAAACAUUGCCGGCAAGACGGUUGUUCUCAUAGUGAGCGGAGGAAACAUUGGCAAAGACGAACUGCAGAACUUCCCUGACUAAAUGGGGUGACUAUGUUUUAAAGAAAGCCUGUUUUUUUUUUUUUUUUAAUAAACUUUCUUCUGUAAUACACAA